GUUACGACAUGCCGUAAAGCUGGCUGCCGUAAAAACACUCACAUGGCGAGGAGGUGCCGUGAGCUCGUGGGUUGUUGUGUAGUUCAGACUGUAAACAAAUGUGUAGUUUUUAUUGUUGUUAUUAACAGUAUAUAAUAGGUUUCUGUCCACAAAGUGACACGUCACAGCUCCGACCGCGUGGACGCAGCGGCGUUCCGAGUGUGUGUGUGUGUGUGUGUGUGUGUGUGUGUGUGUGUGUGUGUGUGUGUGUGUGUGUGUGUGUGUGUGUGUGUGUGUGUGUGUGUGUGUGUGUGUGUGUGUGUGUGUAGUGAUGUUCGUGUUGGUGGAGAUGGUGGACACUGUCAGGAUUCCUCCAUGGAACUUUAACAGACAGCUGAGCGCAGCCGCAGAAGAGCUGAACAAGAAGCUGGCCAACAAGGUCGUCUUUAACGUUGGUCUGUGUAUCUGUCUCUAUGACAUCACCAAGAUGGAGGAUUCCUACAUUUUUCCCGGAGACGGCGCCUCACACACCAAAGUUCACUUCAGGUACGUCGUGUUUCACCCGUUUCUCGAUGAGAUCCUCGUGGGAAAGAUCAAGUACUGCAGUCAAGAAGGAGUUCACGUGUCCAUGGGAUUCUUUGAUGAUAUCCUCAUUCCUCCAGAGUCGCUCCAACAGCCCGCCAAGUUCGAUGAGGCCGAGCAGGUUUGGCUCUGGGAGUAUGAGACGGACGAAGGAGCUCACGACCUCUACAUGGACCAGGGGGAGGAGAUCCGCUUCAGGGUGACCGACGAAGUCUUUGUGGACACGUCACCAACCGGCCCAGCAGCCGCAGACACCGACACACCUGCACAGCCUGGACAGUCUACUGCACCGCCACCAGAGGGCAGCGUGGAGAAGAAAGAGGCUCCUUACACUCUGAUAGGGACAAUCUGUGAGCCGGGGCUGGGGCUGCUGUCAUGGUGGAAUAAUUAACACCACAGAAGAAGAACUUAAGAGAGAGAUGAGGGACAUACGGGAGGAGACACGGGAGGAGACACGAGAGGAGACACGGAGGAGACACGGGAGGAGACACGGAGGAGACACGGUGGAGACACGGUGGAGACACGGUGGAGACACGGAGGAGACGGUGAGGAGACAUGGGAGGAGACACGGGAGGAGACACGUGGGAGACAUGGGAGGAGACACAUGGGAGACACGGGAGGAGACACGGAGGAGACACAUGGGAGACAUGGGAGGAGACACGUGGGAGACAUGGGAGGAGACACGUAGGAGACACGGAGGAGACACGUAGGAGACAUGGAGGAGACACGGAGGAGACGGUGAGGAGACACGUGGGAGACAUGGGAGGAGACACGUAGGAGACACGUAGGAGACACAGAGGAGACACGUAGGAGACACGUAGGAGACACAGGAGACACGGGAGGAGACACGGGAGGAGACACGGGGGAGACACGGGAGGAGACACAGAGGAGACACUGAGGAGACAUGGGAGGAGACACAUGGGAGACACGGGAGGAGACACGGAGGAGACACAUGGGAGACACGUGGGAGACAUGGGAGGAGACACGUAGGAGACACGGAGGAGACACGGAGGAGACAUGGAGGAGACACGGAGGAGACGGUGAGGAGACACGUGGGAGACAUGGGAGGAGACACGUAGGAGACACGUAGGAGACACAGAGGAGACACGGAGGAGACACGGAGGAGACACGGAGGAGACACAGAGGACACGGGACUCUCUGUGUGUUGGCUGGAUGGCGCAGAGAGACGCUGAUGAGCCUC